UCGUCAAGGCAAGCCGAACACCGUUAAUCGCCUCCAUUCUGUGGCCUAUUAACACUAUCCAGCGGUAUCUUUUCUAUUUUCCAGAAGGAAUAUUUUCUAAGGACUGCGGUUAAUUGCGCUCCUAAACCUGUAGUACACGCGAGGACUUUUGCCUGUCUACAGCCUUUACAUUUUAACCGGAGACAUUUCUACUCAUCUGAGAAUCGGAUGCAGUUUCUAUGACAACAUCGACCUUUAGAUGUGAAGGAUGAGAGGAUGAAACGAUAGUCCUUAUUUAACGCAGACCCCCAUGGUACUCUGAUCAGUGUGAUUUAUAAAGCGGGAUCGAUAGUUCUCUGGACGGACGCGGACUCACUGCAUCGUAAUAAUGGACAACGGUCACACCAAGACGGUGGAGGAGUCUCUGGGCUUCUUCAGUGUCAAUGAAUCAACCGGCCUGAGCUGUGAGCAGCUGAGGAAGAGUCGGGACAGAUGGGGGCCCAAUGAGUUGCCUGCGGAAGAAGGUAAAUCUCUCUGGGAGCUGAUCCUGGAACAGUUUGAGGAUCUGUUGGUCAGAAUAUUGCUGCUGGCCGCAUGUAUUUCCUUUACUCUGGCUUGGUUUGAGGAAGGACAGGGGACAAUCACAGCUUUCGUGGAGCCAUUUGUCAUCCUCCUCAUCCUUAUUGCCAACGCCAUCGUAGGAGUAUGGCAGGAGCGUAAUGCAGAGAACGCCAUCGAGGCGCUGAAGGAGUACGAGCCGGAGAUGGGCAAGGUGUACCGGCAGGACAAGAAGAGCGUGCAGAGGAUCAGGGCUAGAGACAUCGUCCCGGGGGAGAUCGUUGAAGUAGCUGUUGGUGACAAGGUGCCUGCAGACAUAAGGCUGACCUCCAUCUGCUCCACAACCUUGAGGGUGGAUCAGUCUAUUCUGACGGGGGAGUCCGUCUCAGUUCUGAAGCACACUGACCCUGUGCCAGACCCCCGCGCUGUCAACCAGGACAAGAAAAACAUGCUUUUCUCAGGCACCAACAUAGCGGCGGGGCGGGCCAUCGGUGUGGUCGUGGCCACUGGGCUCCAGACGGAGAUCGGUAAGAUCCGGGACCAGAUGGCCGCCACGGACCCGGAGCGCACGCCCCUGCAGCAGAAACUGGACCAGUUUGGAGAGCAGCUGUCCAAGGUGAUCAGUGUGAUAUGCAUCGCGGUCUGGGCCAUCAACGUGGGCCACUUCAACGACCCUGUUCACGGCGGCAGCUGGCUGCGCGGUGCCGUGUACUACUUCAAGAUCGCUGUGGCGCUUGCCGUGGCGGCCAUACCAGAAGGUCUACCUGCUGUGAUCACCACCUGUCUGGCGUUAGGCACCAGGCGCAUGGCUCGCAAGAACGCCAUUGUCCGCUCCCUGCCCUCCGUGGAGACGCUGGGCUGCACCUCCGUCAUCUGCUCCGACAAGACGGGCACCCUGACCACCAACCAGAUGUCUGUCUGCCGGAUGUUUGUGGUGGAAAGUGUGUCAGGAGAACGCUGCAAUCUAAGCGAGUUCAAUAUCACCGGAUCAACAUAUGCCCCAGAAGGGGAAGUGUACAAAGAGGACCUGGCGGUCCGCUGCAGUCAGUAUGAGGGCCUGGUGGAGCUGGCCUCCAUCUGCGCCCUGUGCAACGACUCCUCUCUGGACUUCAACGAGUCCAAGGGUGUGUUCGAGAAGGUGGGCGAGGCCACAGAAACCGCCCUCUGCUGCCUGGUGGAGAAGAUGAACGUGUUCGACACGGACCUGCGAGGCAUCAGCCCGUCCGAGAGGGCCACCGCGUGCUGCUCCGUGAUCAAACAGCUGAUGAGGAAGGAGCUGACCUUGGAGUUCUCCAGGGACAGGAAGUCCAUGUCCGUCUUCUGCUCACCCAAUAAGCAGAACCGCUCCACCACAGGAGCCAAGAUGUUCAUCAAGGGGGCGCCAGAGAGCGUGCUGGAGCGCUGUAACUACAUCCGGGUCAGUGGGACGGGUUCGGACGCCGUGUCCACCCGGGUGCCCCUGAGCCCGGCCGUCCGCGAGCAGGUGCUGGCCACCGUGCGGGAGUGGGCCUCGGGGAGGGACACGCUUCGCUGCCUUGCCAUGGCAACCAGGGACACCCCCCCGGACCACCGCUCCCUCAACCUCGAGAACUCGGCCACCUUUGCAGACUAUGAGUCGGACUUGACGUUUGUGGGCUGCGUGGGCAUGCUAGACCCCCCCAGGAAGGAGGUGCUGGGCGCGGUGCGGAUGUGUCGCCAGGCUGGCAUACGGGUCAUCAUGAUCACAGGUGACAACAAGGGCACGGCCCUGUCCAUCUGCCGGCGCGUGGGUAUCAUCACGGAGCAGGAGGAGGCGGAGGGCGCCGCCUCCCCCUUCGGCGUGGGGCUGACGGGCAGAGAGUUUGACGAGCUGCCUCCCCACCUCCAGCGCCAGGCCUGCCGCAACACGCGCUGCUUUGCCCGUGUGGAGCCGGCCCACAAGAGCCGCAUCGUGGAGUACCUGCAGAGCCUGAACGAGAUCACCGCCAUGACGGGAGACGGCGUGAACGACGCUCCGGCACUGAAGAAGGCGGAGAUCGGCAUCGCCAUGGGCAGCGGCACGGCCGUGGCAAAGUCGGCGUCGGAGAUGAUCCUGGCUGACGACAACUUCAGCACCAUAGUGGCGGCGGUGGAGGAGGGCCGCGCCAUCUACAACAACAUGAAGCAGUUCAUCAGAUACCUCAUCUCCUCCAACAUAGGGGAGGUAGUCUGCAUCUUCAUGACGGCGGCGCUGGGCAUGCCCGAGGCGCUCAUCCCCGUCCAGCUGCUGUGGGUCAACCUGGUCACCGACGGCUUCCCGGCAACCGCCCUGGGCUUCAACCCCCCCGACCUGGACAUCAUGUCCCGCGCCCCACGCACCCCCAAGGAGCCGCUGAUAUCCGGCUGGCUGUUCUGCCGCUACCUCAUCAUUGGAUGCUAUGUGGGGGCAGCCACAGUGGGAGCUGCUGCCUGGUGGUUCAUGGCCGCCCACGAUGGCCCCAAACUGUCCUUCUACCAGCUGUCCCACUACCUGCAGUGCAGCGAAGGCCACAGUGAAUUUGCCGGUGUGCAGUGCUCUGUGUUUGAGUCCCCCUACCCGAUGACCAUGGCGCUGUCUGUCCUGGUCACCAUAGAGAUGUGCAAUGCCCUGAACAGUCUGUCAGAGAACCAGUCCCUGUUGAAGAUGCCUCCCUGGUCCAACCCGUGGCUGGUGGGAGCCAUAUGUCUGUCAAUGGCCCUACACUUCCUUAUCCUCUACGUAGACCCGCUGCCUGUCGUCUUCCAGAUCCGUCCUCUGUCCUGGACCCAGUGGGUGGUGGUGCUGAAGAUGUCACUUCCUGUCAUUUUCAUGGAUGAGGCACUCAAGUUUCUGGCUCGCAACUAUAUCGAACCUGGCAACCAGCUUCUGGAGGAUGAGGAGGAGCUCCAGAGGAUGAGAGGGGCGGGACUAAUGGAAGCAAUGACGACGAGGGUCAGCCGGCCAAUGAGAGGCGUGUCAUGGUCCUUCGUCUUCAUCUCUGUGCCGCUAUUGGUCUGGAUCUACAGUCUGGAUUCUGACAUCACCAACAUCUUCUGGGAAUGAAGACUGAGCGAGCAUAAAAGGA